UGAGUUGGAUAGAUAUUUGACUUUAUGCCACAACCCAUUUGAAAUCUCAGUCUAUCACUGAACUUCCAAGUGGAACAAGCUCCAAAACAAAAAACACACACACAAAAGAUGUUUUUGGUGCGCAGGCAGCUGAAGCUGCACAACAGUCGGACAGCGAUGGAGCUGAUGAGGUCCAUCGCUAGCACCCAGCCAUCGAUUUGGUUGGGCGAUGUGAGUGCACCGCUACUGCCACAGCCGCCAUCACAGCCCAUCGGUACGCCACCUCAAGUCCCCAUCACGAUGGCAACAGCGGCGGCAGGAGGGGAUAAAAAGGCACCACCACCCAAGGGGGGUCCUGGUCCACCGAAGGAGCCACCGAAAGCGCCGCCACCAGCGGCUGCUGAGAAGAAGAAUGCCGGGCCACCACCGCCGCCGCCCAAACCCAAGGAGAAGCGUGUCAAGAACUUUGAGAUCUACCGCUGGCAGCCCGGCGAGCAGCCCAAGAUGCAGACCUAUCCCAUCGAUUUGUCGCAGUGCGGCGCCAUGGUGCUGGAUGCUUUGAUCAAGAUCAAGAACGAGGUCGACCAGACACUGACCUUCCGCCGCUCCUGCCGUGAGGGCAUCUGUGGCUCGUGUGCCAUGAACAUCAACGGCACCAACACCCUCGCCUGCGUCACGCCCAUUGACCAGAGCCUGGGGGGACCGUGCCGCAUCUAUCCAUUGCCGCAUCUGUAUGUGGUGCGGGAUCUGGUGCCGGACCUGAGCCAAUUCUACGACCAAUACCGCUCCAUCCAGCCCUGGCUGCAGCGCAAGAAUAUCGAGAACGAGAUGGGCCGGGCCCAGUAUCUGCAGUCCCUGGAGGAUCGCAACAAGCUGGAUGGCCUGUACGAGUGCAUUCUGUGCGCCUGCUGCCAGACCUCGUGCCCCUCCUAUUGGUGGAACAGUGAAAAAUAUCUGGGACCGGCCGUCCUCAUGCAGGCCUUCCGAUGGGUCAUCGACUCCCGUGACGAGGCCACCGAUCAGCGGCUGUGCUUCCUGCAGGACCCCUGGAAGCUGUAUCGCUGCCACACCAUCCUCAACUGCACCAAUACCUGUCCGAAGAACCUCAAUCCGGCCAGGGCCAUCAUCCAGUUGAAGCAACUGCUGUCGGGGGCCAAAAAGAAGAACAAGCCGGAGCUACAGACCGAUGCUCUCUUCUUGGGCAAGUAAUGGACACGUCACAAAAACACACUGACACCUGACACUGUUAACGAUGUCCUACACCUAUUACCUCAUGCUAAAAACACUUAAUUGCAAGCGAUAUACAACACUGUUUAUGAAUGCCUACAACACUAAAUACUAACUGUAGGCGGAACGGAAACGGAACGGAACUGAAACGGAAAGGAACGUAUUACAUAGCAGUAAAUAUCGAAAGCUCAACAAACUUCACGAUGUUCAGCACUGGUGAUGGCUUACAACACUUGAUUCCAACGAUAUUUAACACUGUUUAUGAAUGCAACAAUUACUUAACGUAAGUCAGAGACAUUUCUAUGCAACUGACGUUAUAAUGACACUCUUAACUGAAUCCCUCACAGAGUUUUAAAUACUUCAGACACGUAAUACUCACGAUAUACAACACUGUUUAUGAAUGCCUACAACACCUAACACUCCCAAUAAACUGAGUUGAAACGGAAAGAAACGGAUUACAUCGAAAUAAACAAUUAACAAUAGCUCAACAAAAACUUACCGAUAUACAGUACUUACACACUUAAUCAUAACGAUUUUCAACACUGUUUAUUAGAGCGUUAUGAGUACUUAACGUAGGAAAUGACAUUGUUAU